AUGCUGCAUGCACCAGCUCAAUACUUUUCGCUCGCAUCAACCAGUUCAAGCCCACCAGCCGAGCGCCCCUUCGUCAUCGGCCUGCCCACCGGUGCCUCCCCGAUCGGCGUUUACAAGCGUCUGGUGAACCUCUACAACGACGGCAAGGUGUCGUUCAAGCACGUGGUGUCGUUCAACAUGGACGAGUACGUCGGUCUGCCGCGCGACCACCCGGAGAGCUACCACAGCUUCAUGUGGAACCACCUCUUCAAGCACAUCGAUAUCCCUCCCGAGAACGUCAACAUCCUGAACGGCAACGCCGACGACCUGCAGGAGGAGUGCCAGCAGUACGAGGACAAGAUCAAGUCGUACGGUGGUAUCGAGCUGUUCAUGGGCGGCAUCGGCCCCGACGGCCACAUUGCCUUCAACGAGCCGGGAAGCUCGCUGCAGAGCCGCACCCGUGUCAAGACCCUUGCCUACGAGACCAUCCUGGCCAACGCGCGCUUCUUCGGCGGCGACGUGUCCAAGGUGCCCAAGCUGGCUCUGACCGUCGGUGUCGGAACAGUCAUGGAUGCCCGCGAGGUCGUUGUCAUCAUCACUGGCGCCAACAAGGCUAUCGCUCUGGCCAAGUGCAUUGAGGAGGGCGUCAACCACAUGUGGACCGUAUCGGCCAUCCAGACCCACCCGCGCUCGCUUGUCGUCUGCGACGACGACGCCACUCUGGAGCUCCAUGUCAAGACUGUUCGCUACUUCAAGAGCAUCGAGCAGGUCCAGGACGAGAUGAUCGGUCGCGAGAACCUGGAGGUUCUACACAGGAAGCAAACAGGAUUGGGCGCCAGCAUCUGA